AUGAAUAAAUUCAAUGUUCUAUCCUUACUUUUCACGUUGUUGCAAGUUGUAAUUUUUUUGGACCAACCUACAAUUUCAACGGCCCAAGAGCCUUUGUUUGAAUUACCAGUUGAAUUAGUUGGAUUUCCAGUUAUUAUAAUGGCUGUUAGAUUAUCAAAUUUUGUGAAAAAAUUGGCUUAUUCCUUGAAUCCAAACACCUAUAGAAGAACACGUCGUGCCAUUUCAUCGGACGAAUUGAUUAACAUGAUAGAAGCAGAGAAAAGAUUAGUUUCGGAAUUGGGUGAAAAUGUCUGCAUUUAUCCGAAAGUCUGUUUACAUCACGCAGAAAAAGCAAGAAAGUCUAAUGGCCGACAAGAAGUGGUCAUUGAUUGGGAUGAGAUUUUCAGCAAUUACAAAGCUUCUUCGCAGAAACACAAGGAGUUCUAUUUGCUCAGCGUAUUCUUAGGAGACUUCAUUCAAUCUCCAAAAUUCUGCAACCAGCUGAUUAAAAGAGGACGAGCAUGUGUAGAUGGAAUAUGA